GGGCGACCCCGGCCCGGCCUGGCUUGGCGACCCCGCGUUGGGACCCUCCCUAACACCGAAAGGCGGGAAGAAGAGUUGGGAGGCCCGGCCGGCCCCAACCUGCCCCCGUGGAAAACCCCAACAACCCCGACGCUAUGGCCAGGGGCACCUCGGAGCGGGUCAACAACGCUUUGGACGUCUGCGUUAUUGCUUUUUACUUCGUGGUGGUGAUGGCCGUGGGGCUGUGGGCAAUGCGGGCGAGUAGUCGUGGAACAGUUGGAGGCUUCUUCUUGGCCAAUAGGAAUAUGUUAUGGUGGCCGAUCGGUGCUUCCUUGUUUGCCAGUAACAUUGGUGCUGGACAUUUUGUGGGCCUGGCUGGGACAGGAGCGGCUUCAGGCAUCGCCAUCGGAGCUUUUGAGUGGAACGCCCUGUUUUUGCUUAUUUUCCUGGGAUGGAUAUUUGUACCUAUCUAUAUCAGGGCUGGGGUGGUGACUAUGCCAGAAUAUUUGAAGAAGCGAUUUGGUGGCCAACGGAUUCAGAUCUACCUGUCAACUCUUUCUCUGCUUCUCUACAUUUUCACCAAGAUCUCAGCUGACAUAUUCUCUGGAGCCAUGUUCAUUAAAAUGGCCCUGGGGCUGGAUAUUUACUUGGCUAUAUUCCUCUUGCUGGCUGUGACUGGCGUAUAUACUGUUACAGGUGGACUUGCUGCUGUUAUUUAUACUGAUACGCUACAGACCAUCAUCAUGUUGGUCGGGUCUCUUCUGCUAAUGGGAUUUGCUUUUGCCAGAGUGGGAGGCUACCAGGGCAUGGUAGAUAAGUACAUGAGUGCUGUUCCAACCAUAAUCACAUAUGAAAACUCAACUAUUAAAGAAAGUUGCUAUGCUCCCCGGCAAGAUGCCUUCCACAUCUUCCGAGAUCCCUUCACCGGUGACCUUCCCUGGCCUGGUCUUACCAUUGGACUAUCUAUUCUCGCUCUGUGGUACUGGUGCACUGACCAGGUGAUCGUGCAGCGCUGCCUCUCAGCCAAGAACCUGUCUCACGCAAAGGCCGGCUGCAUCCUGUGUGGGUACCUGAAGCUGCUCCCCAUGUUCCUGAUGGUGAUGCCUGGAAUGAUCAGUCGGAUUUUGUUUCCUGAUAAAGUGGCCUGUGCUGUGCCCUCAGAAUGUGAAAAACAUUGCGGUACCCACGUUGGUUGUACUAACAUUGCUUACCCAACAUUGGUGGUGGAGCUCAUGCCAAAUGGAUUACGAGGUCUGAUGUUGGCAGUAGUGUGGGCUUCUCUCAUGAGCUCCCUGACCUCAAUUUUCAACAGUGCCAGCACCUUGUUCACCAUGGACAUCUAUACGAAAGUCCGAAAAACAGCAACUGAGAGAGAGCUCAUGAUAGCAGGAAGAUUGUUCAUAAUCCUGCUACUUGCCAUCAGUAUCGCUUGGGUGCCCAUUGUGCAGACAGCUCAAAGUGGACAGCUCUUUGACUAUAUCCAGUCCAUCACCAGCUACUUGGGCCCCCCCAUUGCUGCUGUCUUCCUGCUGGCCGUUUUCUACAAGAGGGUCAAUGAGCCUGGUGCCUUCUGGGGCCUGAUCACUGGACUUAUAUUAGGGCUUUUAAGAAUGAUUAUGGAGUUUGUAUAUGGGUCAGGAACAUGUAUGGCUCCUUCCAGUUGCCCCCGUAUUAUCUGUGGGGUCCAUUACCUUUACUUUGCUAUGAUCCUCUUUUCCGUGGUCACCGUCGUCAUCCUGGGAGUCUCUCUAAUAACCAAACCCAUACCCGAUGUAAAUCUGUAUCGCCUGUGUUGGAGUCUGCGAAACAUCAAAGAGGAUCGUGUUGACCUGGAUGAAGGAAGAAUCCGUGAAGAAGCUGAGCAAAGCACUCAGGAAGAUGUUCCUGAGACAACUAAGGGAUACUUUAAGCGUGCCUAUGACUUCUUCUGUGGUUUGGAAGUGCAGAAAACCCAUAAAAUGACUGAAGAGGAGGAGAAAGCUCUGAGAAUAAGGCUUACUGACAUUUCAGAGAAGCCCUUCUGGAAAAACAUAGUGAAUAUCAACGCCAUCAUUCUCCUGGCUGUGGCUGUUUUCUUUCAUGCUUAUUUUGCAUAAAUUCUGUCCUGUGUUAUUAGAAUAUAGUUGCUAAGUCACGAAUAUCUGUAUUUCCUUUCAAUAUUAUACUCUUAAGUUUCAUUUAAUUGUAAAUUUUACAAAGCAAAAUAUGUAUCCAUUUAGCUAAAUAUUUUCAUUCAAUAGUUCAUGAAACCCAUAAAUAAAGAUGUUUUAUUGAUA